CAGCGUUCUUGGGAAACGAGAUUUUGGGCUUGUCCGUUUGUAUUUACUUACGUAUAUAUUUAUUAAUUUAUUCCUCCUAAAUCACUCAUUCCCUGCUUGCCGUUUAUUGCGUCUGUCACCUCCACCAUGUGCCGAUAUGAUUUUGUUUAAGAGAAUACAACGUCUUUGAAUAACAAUCAGUGCAUGUAAACAGCUAAAUGUUAAGAAAAUCGUGGCAAUGCACAGUAUUAGACGUUUAUGGUACUGACAUUCAGGGACGUCUCUGGGUUUUCUGGACUUGAGGGUAAACGAUCUCCGGGAGAUGUUUGGGAUGUUAAGGUAGCCUUGAAGUCCAAUUAAAAUGACCACAGCAAUUUAUUUGAAAGAAAAACACAAAAAUAAAACAUAAAGGCAAAUGUAACCGCAGUGAUAAAAACACACAAAAAACUAGUUUAAGAAAACAACAACAGUAAAUCCCCAAAACACAUUUAAAAAUGACUCAAUACACUAGGACAUUUUCCAACCAGAAUUCAUAGGUGUUGGUUGGAAGGUAGAUUCAGGUACUGGGGGGAUUUGGAUUUAUAGCAAAAUGGAUAAGAAGGACAGUCCUCCCUUGAGUCCAGUGAUCAGUCAUUCUGAUGAGUGAUGGUAUUGUUCUGAUUGGAUGUGUGGCACAGUACACGUUUUGUGUUUUUGUUUCGUUAUUUGUUGUUUUUUUUGUCUUCAUUUCCAUUUGCUUAUUAUUUUGUUUGUCUUAUGUAGUUGUGAUCAUUGGCACUCUGAGCUCUGAUUUUGUCAACAAAUGAAGGAGUGGCAGAUAUGAACGUCUGCAUUCUUCUGUCUUCCCGGACCUAGUCCGACUUGUAGUGUUAAAACAAUGUCCAACUCGUACAAGAGUUUGAUGUUGAUCAACCAGUUUAACGGCAAAAACAAGGGACGCUAUACACUCCAAAAAGGAGUUUUUCUCAUUAGUUGCAUACUCGGGCUCUGUAAUAUUGGUCAAAAAUGACAGUGCGAUAUAUUUUGCGAUCUUAAAAAUGAUUGCAGAUUAGUAGUUUAAUUAACCUGCUCUCGGGUGACGGAUGGGUACAUGUAGAUGACACACAGAGAACACGACGUGUGCACCGAUGGAAAUGUUCACAAGCAGCCCACGAUAUCUGUGAGGGAAUUUGGACUGUGGCAGCAUGGCAAAGACUCCAUGGCCCAAUGGUACAAAGUGUGUGGCAAGAGUCAGCUUUAAAGGCUCAUUGGAGCACCACCUCCCCUUUCAUGAAGGAGAUCUAUUAACUAUUGUUGCGACAACACAGGAUCCAGAGUGGUGUAUAGCUAAAAAUGAAGCAGGUCGUGAAGGAACAGUUCCCACCAGCCACAUUCAGAAAUGCCGUCGGAACGUUGCACCUGUGGAAAAUCCCAACGAUCUCAAUCUUAUGCCAUGGUUUCAUGGCAAAAUAACACGGGAUCAGGCUGAGGACUUGCUCUCCCCACCGGAGAAGGGCCUAUUCUUGGUGAGAGAGAGCACCAACUAUCCAGGGGACUACACACUGUGUUUGAGCACCGACAACAGAGUGGAGCACUACCACAUUAAAUACGGCAACGGCAAGCUUUCCAUCGAUGAGGAAGUCUACUUUAGCAACCUCAUCCAGCUGGUUGAGCACUACAAAAGCAGUUCAGAUGGGCUGUGCACUUGUCUCAUCAAUCCAAAAUUGGAAGGGAAAACUGUAGCUGUCCAAAAUGAAUUUUUGAGAGGCGGUUGGGUGAUGAACAGAAAGGAACUGAAGGUACUGAAGACCAUUGGAAGGGGCGAGUUCGGAGAAGUCAAGUUGGCUGAGUACGAAAAGAAGCAAGUCGCUGUGAAGAGCCUCAAAAAUAAUCCCACAGCGCAGGCCUUUAUUGCAGAGGCCUCUGUCAUGAUGAAAUUAAGUCACAAGAACUUGGUGAAGCUGCUUGGAGUGAUUACAGAGGAGGAUGGCGGUUUGCUCAUUAUUACUGAAUAUAUGAGAAAGGGUACCUUGGUGGAUUACCUGCGUUCUAGAGGACGGACGGUCCUCACUAGUGUUACUCUUAUCAAUUUUGCACUAGACGUCUGUGAGGCCAUGGUGUAUUUGGAGUCUAAUAACUUUGUGCACCGAGACCUUGCAGCGCGUAAUGUUCUCCUAUCAGAGGAGCUCAUCGCUAAAAUCAGUGACUUUGGUUUGACCAAGAAGGUGUCUUCUCUUGAGCAUACCAACCUACUGCCAAUCAAAUGGACAUCACCGGAAGCUCUCAAAGAAAAGAAAUUCUCCACCAAAUCAGAUGUUUGGAGUUUUGGUAUUUUGCUUUGGGAGAUUUACUCGUUUGGUCGAAUGCCAUACCCGAAAAUUGAAUCAAAAAAUGUGGGGCCUCUUUUGGAGAAGGGAUACCGGAUGCCUUCUCCGGACGGGUGUCCCGAAGUAAUUUACGAAAUCAUGAAUGACGGAUGCUGGCACUCGGAACCUGAAUCUCGACCAACAUUUAAAUUGUUGAAAGAGUUGCUGUUGGGUGUAAAAACAGAACUCCGACAAAUUAGCACACAGCUCUGACGAGACACUGCGUCUUCAACUUUCAUCUUGGAUUGUGGGAGGAGGAAACCUCAGUGGAUUCAUUAUUUGACAGUUUUCAUUUUAUACCAGUAGAGAUGUGUCUCUUACGGUAUAUUUUUUAACCUUGUUUAUUUUCUAAUUUGAGAAAGUUUCAUCACACUCCAUUGUGUGUUGAAUCUGAAUGCAUCAAACAAAUGAGGACUAAGUGACUUGUUGCUCAUGCAUCGUUCAAUACCUGAUAUUGAAACACAGCCUUAAAAGCCUUUAACAAUGAAUGUGAACCUGAUGUAGAGAUUUUCUGGGUCCGGGGUACCACGUAGAUGUUGAAGUUGCUGUGAGGGGGCAAAAAAAAACCCCCACUGUGAGUCAAGUUUGUUUCAUUAUGUUUAGGGAGAAGCAUUUUUGAUUUGAUAGAUUACUUUGUUUUGAAGUAGAUAUUGGCAAGAAUGUCAGAAUGAAGAUGAUGAUACAUAUACAUACAUACAUUAUACAUAUAUGUAUACUUCUCAUUCCUGUAAUCUACACAGGGCAACACAUUUUACAUGGGCUCACAUACAGUAUAUACUAUAUUGGCCCGAAUAUAAGACGACCCCGAUUAUAAGACGACCCCCCCUUUUUAAGUUUUAUUUCAAUGAAAAAUACCUCCUCUUAUAUUCGGGCCAAUACGGUAAUCCCCAAUAACCGUUUGCUAAAUGUUCUUUAUAAAGUGUUUUGUAACUAUUUUGUAGCAGCAACCUUCUGACAUAAUUGUAACAAGAUAUUUCUUCAAGCUGUGUUACAUGUGUGAAGUCGCAACAAGUAAUUAUUACACCGGGGAAAGGAAGAAUUGAAAAAUCCCCGAAUUAAUAUGACAUUCAUGCACGAGUGGAUGGAAAAUCAAUGUGAAGAUGCAUUGUCGUUUUGUAAUCUCAUUGGUGGUGUAAAAUGAACAGGUGUGUGCAUUUUAAAGCUGACAACAGUUUUACUGUAUAACGUUUUUAGAAGUUUUAAUAAAAUACAAAAACAGUAAA